CGUCACUGAGUAUCCCUCAACACACUUCCGUAGCCAGCGAAGCCUGCUUCGCUCUGGCGAGCGAGAGACGUUUGUUGUUCUACCGAUCGAGCGAUGUUCGACAAAUGUACUUGUCUAUGUACACGACAAACGCUGGGAAGUAACCGGGCAUUAUGGAGCAGCCUUGGGACUUUGAAUUUCUGUCCCGUAUCGCCGACGGCUGCUUGUCGUUUCUUUCCGAAUUCGCGGAGGACUGGCUCGCCAACGACUUGAGAGUCUCUAUAUUCAAAAUCCUCCUCACCUGGUUGAUUUUCAGUCUCCUGGCUAUUCACUUUGCUUGGAAGGUUUACGGCAACACGGUGAACGACAUGUAUUAUCGCCAGGGUAGCGGCCAAAACGGGGGUACACCUGACAAAACAACUGGCCUGGGGAGCCGGGGGGGCACAUCGGGGGAACCAUUCAAAUCUCAUCGGGAUUAGCCAGACAUCUGAAACUCCCAGAGACAGUGAAUGCACCUUCGAAUUCUGACUAUUAAGGGUUUGUCGUCAGUUUUUAUAAACUUUACAUGCUCCUAGAACACGAUUGUAAAUACACAAUUGAUUAUAAAUAUUGUGUCUGAUUAUUAAACAAGAUGCCUAGACUCAGUAUAGUGGCUCACUGUAUAUUGGGAAAAAUCUUCUGUGGUUUUUGCAGAUAAUGUGAGCCAAUGACAAAGGUGUUCGCAGGGAUGAAUGGACCCCAAACCCCAUUUUUUCCCGAGGGAUCCCUUAAGUGCGAAUGGAACUUGAAUGCCACGAUUUACUCACAUUAGAUGGCGUGGGUCGUGGGAAAAUAAUCUUGGCAAGUUGAUGACAUGCGGCACUACUCCUCUGGCAUCACAUCAAAAUAUUAACCCAAGAUAGAAGAUUAGCCCAUAUUUCAAUUUUCAACUUAAUCC